AUGUUGACUUUCUUCUGGUUUUCUUCUCAGGAAGAUCCUCUGCAGAGAGAAGGUCACAUGCGUUGGGGGGAAGGGUUUCUCCUGGUCUAUGACAUCACAGACAGAGGAAGCUUUGAUGAUGUCAUGUCCUUCAAGAACUCGUUAGACGAAGUCAAGAAACCCAAAAACGUCACUUUUAUUCUGGUGGGAAAUAAAGCGGAUUUGACGCAUUCCCGCCGGGUCAGCACCGCGGAGGGGGAGAGCCUGGCCGCCGACCUGUCCUGCGCCUUUUACGAAUGCUCGGCGUGUACCGGCGAAGGAAACAUCACCGAGGCGUUUCACGAACUGUGCCGAGAGAUCCGGCGACGCAAAAUGGUUCAAGGGAAGACGCGGAGAAGGAGCUCCACCACCCACGUCAAGCAAGCCAUCAAUAAAAUGCUGACCAAGAUGAGCAGCUGAGCGGCGGAGGGGGCGGGGCA